AGUUGCUGGUGGCCAAGGCAGGCGGGGCACAGGAUCCAGACACCCGAGACCAUGGCCACCUUAGAAGAAAAGGCAGUCACCCGCCGGGCCAAGGCUCGAGGCAAGAGGAUGAGCCAGUUUCUGAAGCACUUCACCGUGGUCGGGGACGACUACCAGGCCUGGAACAUCAACUACAAGAAGUGGGAGAAUGAGGAGGAGGAUGAGGAUGAGGAGCAGCAGCAGCAACAGCCCACACCAGUCACGAGUGAGGCCGGCAGAGUCACCCCGGCCCCCCGGUCCUCGGCCCAGACCAGACUUGACUUCAGAACCUUGCUGAGGAAGCUCUUCAGCUCGCACCGAUUUCAGGUUGUUAUCAUCUGCCUGGUGGUUCUGGAUGCGUUGCUGGUACUCGCGGAACUUAUCCUGGACCUGAAGAUCAUCAAGCCUGACCAGAACAACUAUGCUGCCAGGGUGUUCCACUACCUGAGCAUUGCCAUCCUGACCUUCUUCAUGAUGGAGAUUUUCCUUAAAAUAUUCGUCUUCCGCCUGGAGUUCUUCCACCACAAGUUUGAGAUCCUGGACGCCGUUGUGGUAGUGGUUUCCUUCGUCCUUGACAUCGUUCUUGUGUUCCGAGAGCAUGAGUUUGAGGCACUUGGCUUGCUCAUCUUGUUGCGGCUGUGGCGGGUGGCCCGGAUCAUCAAUGGGAUAAUCAUCUCUGUUAAGACACGCUCAGAAAGGCAGCUGCUCAGGUUGAAACAGAUGAACGCACAGUUGGCUGCUAAGAUCCAGCACCUUGAGUUCAGCUGCACGGAGAAGGAACAAGAAAUUGAAAGGCUUAACAAGCUCCUGAGGCAGCACGGACUUCUUGGGGACGUGAGCUAGACACAGCUGCAGCCCACCUGGUGUGGCUCCUGUGGGGACAGUCCUCAGAAAGGCCCAAACUCUUCUCUGGCAUGACCAGGAGUCUCCUUCACAUCCCCUUCCUCCUCAGCACUAGCAGGCAAACCCUAAGUCCCAUUUCGUAUUUGACACUUGACUCUUGCUUCAGGCUGAACAAAGUUGGACCGUUAGUAGCUGCAGAUUGAAUUCGAUCUCAGCUACUACUUCUCAAAUUCUGCGUGUAAUGGAGGAACCCACGUAUUCCUGAAAGAGAAAGAGAAAGAACAGGGCGUUUCCUUAGCACCCAGCACGCUGCAUACAUCUUUAUAUUGCCAAGAAUCUACCAGCUUCUCCAGUGUGGGCCCCUCUUCUCCCAGAUUUCUAGUAGGGCUCCACCUCGUUCUGCCCCCUGCCAGCAUUUUUCUCAAUUAUCAUACAAUUAGUAUAUAAAUAAACUAUCCUUUCCUCAGG